GUGACACAAGAUUAUACAAAAGAAUACUUUAGGAUACACAAAGGUGUUAUACAAGAAAGUAACACAAGUUCACCUUCUUCCCCCACACGAACACCUUCUUUCCCUGCACGAACACCUUCUUCCCCUGCACAAGUCCUAAAUGUUUUAAACACAAAAUACUGUGUAGCAAAGUUCUCUAAUUCCACCACACGAGAUGUAAAUAAAUAUAAACAUGAUGAAUAA